UAAAUCAUUCAACUUUUAUUAUUUUACAAUAAUACCGCCAUCACGGUGAACACACAAUGUGUUGUAAGCAAUGAUAAAAAUAAAAUAUAAAAAUGAUUGUUUAUUUACGUGAAAAUAUGAAAAUUGUAAUUUUGUUAUCGUUAUUUGCUUAUGCAUCAACAGCCGUCCAAGAGCCCUCACCAAGAAGCGUCAAUGUAGCCCUAGAAACAUCGUUCCUAUUCGAACCCAAAGACAUUAAUGAAAACUUACAAUUUGUUAAAAAUGUAAAGAAUUUCUUAGACAAACUUUAUUCAAUGUUAGCACCGCAAGUUAAAGAAUAUAGCAGUUCACAAAAACCAGCAGAUUUGCAACAAUUUAGGGCUGAUAUUCACCCACAAACACAACUCGAAUCUCGAAAGUUAUUUUUCAUAGAUUUGUAUAAAGAAUUCUGUGAUUUUGUAUCCAAUAUAACUUCGAAUACACUGGAACAAUCCUUGACAGUUAUAAAAAAGGAAAUUAAUCAAAUACUCGACUCAAAUCAGGAAAUUUUAAAAGAAAUUAUACCUGAUAAAAAUAUUAAGAAAAUUUUGGACGAAUCUUAUGAUGGCGCCAAAAGUAAUGUCAAAUAUUGUCAUAAAAAUAUCGCGUUUAAGAAGUUCGCUAGAAAAAUGGAAAGAAUGUAUACGCAACAGGAAUUGAAAAAGCUACAGAAAUGUUUGAGAAAAUUAGAUAAUGCCAUUGAAAAUAAUAAUAAAUCUGAUGCAACAAGAAUUGUUAGAGAAUUCAUACAAAUUGGGAUUAUUGAUAAAUAUAGUCAACUCAAUGUGCCUGGUAGAGAUAUGUUUGUUAGAGAGAUGAAAGUUUUAUUAGAUUACAUUGAAGUAAAAAAUAAAGAAUUUAAAGAGAAACAUUCCAUUAAAAAGAAAAAUGUAAAGCCUACAAAAGAAAUUGUAUAUGCAAUUGAUGAUGUGACAAAUUCUAGUUCUAUAGAAAAUAAUUUGGAAACGCGUAGAUCGAGAGGGGAUAAGGAAAAAAGGGUUGGUGUUGAAAGAUCAAAAAAAGAUAAAAAACGAAGCGGUUUUAACGAAAUCGUCGUUGAUAAUAUGGAACUUAUUGUGCAGUCUUUAAAAUCAUAAUUUACCUAAUAUUUGGGUGAUUUUCCAAAACAAAAUCACAAAAAGUCAAUGGCGUCAUUAUCCUCAAAAAAAAGUUAACAAUUCUGCAGAUUGAAACACAAAAUUUUGAUUGGUUGAGACCAAUCCAAUAAAAUUGGCGCAACUAUCAGUCUGUCGGUCAGUCCUCUAGUUGCUCGUUCCAAAGUGUAGAUUCCUAUGGAGAAGAACGAGCAAGAAACUCCAUAGGUUACUCUUUUUCAAUUGAAUACUGUGUUAAAUCAUAUUAUUCAUCAGUAGCUGACCUGGAAACUCUUCGUAUCGCCUGAAAUAUUAUGUUCUCACCUUUUAAACCUUCCCUGGAGUUCCGACAAAUAAUUCAAGACCAAAAUUAGCCAAAUCGGACCAGCCGUUCUCGAGUUUUAGCGAGACUAACGAACAGCCAUUGAAUUUUAUAUAUAGAGAUGAAGAUGAUGAUUAGCUACAUUGUUCACUGCCUUCUCCAAUAACUACACAUUGCGACGUUAGAAGCGAAAUUUCAAGUUUUUAUUUAUGUAAAAAUAUAUUUG